AUGAAAGUGUCAGUGACCUACAACAAGAGACUCCGGGAAGUUGCUGAGGACGACAUUACUUUCACGGAGGAAGAUGCAGAUGGACUACUGCUUCCGCACAAUGACGCAUUAGUAAUCUCUCUAAAUAUCUUAGAUUUUAAUAUUAAACGUGUUCUGGUGGACCUAGGAAGUUUAGACAACAUCAUCCAAUGGAGAGUAUUGGAGAAAGCCAAGCUCACCGGAAGUAUCAUUCUGGCAACAAAACUCCUCACCGAGUUCAACCUAGCAAGCGUGACAACUCGAGGAGAGAUCCUGCUUCCCACAAAUACCGAGGGGGUGAUGAAAACGACCCUUUUCAAGGUGGAGGACGGCGAUAUGGGCUAUAAUAUUAUCCUGGGGAGGCCAUGGUUGCAUGAGAUGAAGGCUGUGCCAUCAACACAACAUCAGUUACUGAAAUUCCCAACUACCGAGGGAAUUAAAUAA